AUGAACAUUGUCUUGGAUCUCCUCCUGCUUCUGAUCACCAUCAUCUACUCCUACUUGGAGUCCUUGGUGAAGGUUUGCAUUCCCCGGAGGAGAAAAUCUGUGGCUGGGGAGAUCGUUCUCAUUACAGGAGCCGGGCAUGGAAUAGGCAGGCUGACGGCCUAUGAAUUUGCAAAACGGAAGAGCAGACUGGUUCUGUGGGAUAUUAAUAAGCGCGGUGUUGAGGAAACCGCAGCUCAAUGCGGAAAACUAGGGGCUACAGCACAUGCGUUCGUGGUGGACUGCAGCAACAGAGAAGAGAUUUAUAACUCUGUGAGCCAGGUAAAGAAAGAAGUGGGUGAUGUAACUAUCGUGGUGAAUAAUGCUGGGACAAUAUAUCCAGCUGAUCUUCUUAGUACCAAGGAUGAAGAGAUUUCCAAAACAUUUGAGGUCAACAUCCUCGGACAUUUUUGGAUCACAAAAGCACUUCUUCCGUCAAUGAUGAAGAGAAAUCAUGGCCACAUUGUCACAGUGGCUUCAGUGUGUGGCCAUGGAGUGAUUCCUUAUCUUAUUCCAUAUUGUUCCAGCAAAUUUGCUGCUGUUGGCUUCCACAGAGCUCUGACAUCAGAACUUAAAGCGUUGGGAAAAACUGGUAUCAAAACCUCGUGUCUCUGCCCUGUUUUUGUGAAUACCGGGUUCACCAAAAACCCAAGCACAAGACUAUGGCCUGUAUUGGAGACGGAUGAAGUUGCAAGAAGCUUGAUAGAUGGAAUACUUACCAAUAAGAAAAUGAUUUUUGUUCCAUCCUAUCUCAAUAUCGCUCUAACACUAGAGAGAUUUCUUCCUGAACGUGCCUUGGCAGCUAUAAAUCAUGUACAGAAUGUUCAAUUUGAAGCAGUGAUUGGCCACAAAAGCAAAAUGAAGUGAAUAAAUGAGCUCCAGCCAGAGAUGUAUACACCUUAAUGAUGUGGAUCUAAGUAUAAAGUCAAUGCUUCAAAGCUUGAUUUCACAUUUUUCAAU